UUUGAUUUGAUUUCAAGAAGAACAGCAUUUAAAUUUAAAUACAUAUUAUAUCUAUAAAUAUCUAUAGAUUUCUAUAAAUAUAUAGAGAUAGAGAAAGAUAGAGAGAGAGAGAGAAAAUAGAGCAUUUUUAGUUUGUGUUUUUGUGCGAAUCGUUUUCAAACUUCAUCUUCUUCCUUGAAAUUCUCCGCAUUGAUGCGCUUCGCUUCUUGAUCUCGCUCUCGAUCUGCCUCCGCCACUCCGAUCUGAAUUAUCACCGAUCGUCUUUGAUUCGGUGUACAAUGACGGCCGACGCUUUUGAAUCUGUGGCCGCCAAUGGCGGUGAGGCGGUGACUCAGGAACAGUCUGAUCGGGAUCCCAGCCCUACUACUACCAGUAGUCACGAUCCUGCCAAUGCCAAGGACGAAUUCGAUGGUUCUUACGUUUUCGUUUCAGGUACGGACGACAGGGAUAAGGAUCUCGUUGACUCUGAUCUCAAUAGUGGCGAAACUAUUCACUUGCCUGCGGAAAAUAAUGACAGUGUUCAAUUGGAGGAGGGCGAGUCUUUAGUAGUCGUUGAAAAACCAGAUCACAAUGGUGUCAAUGAUGAUAAGGUCGAGGGAGGAGGAGAAGAAACGCAUGGUAGUAAUGGUGACUGUCAAACCGAGAAGGAAACGAUUGCCGUUGACCAAUCUGAGCCACCGUCUCACAAUGGCGGAGUGGAGGCUGUUGAAUUCAGUUAUGAUUUAUCGACCGCUGACAAUAAAGCUGAGGACGAGACGAUUUCCGUUGACCAAUCUGAGCAACUGGCUCUUAAUGGUGAGGUAGAGGCGACUACUGACCAUAAAACUGAGAACGAGACGAUUACUAUUGACCAAUCUGAGCAACCGGCUCACAGUGGCGAUGUGGAGGCUGUUGAAAUCAGUUGUGACUUGUCGACUCCUGACCAUAAAAUUGAGAGCGAGACGAUUUCCAUUGACCAAUCUGAGCAACCGGCUCUCAGUGGCGAUGUGGAGGUUGUUGAAAUCAGUCGUGACUUGUCGACUCCUGACCAUAAAAUUGAGAACGAGAUGAUUGUCAUUGAUCAAUCGGAACAAUCAGCUCACAAUGGCGACGUGGAGGCUGUUGAAAUCAUUGGUCACUUGUCGACUGCUGACCAUAAAAUUGAGAACGACGCAAUCGUCAUCGAUCAUUCUGAACAACCGGCUCACAAUGGCGAUGUGGAGGCUGUUGAAAUCAGUAGUCACUUGUCAACUUCUGAUCAUAAAAUUGAGAAGGAAACAGUUGUCAUCGAUCAACCUGAACAACCGGCUCAUAAUGGCGAUGUCGAGGCUGUUGAAAUCAGUUGUGACUUGCCGACUGCUGACCAUAAAACCGAGAAUGAUACGGUAGUCAUUGACCAAUCUGAGCUACCAGCACACGAUGCCGAGGUGGAAGUUGUUGAAAUCAGUAAUGAUUUGUCGACUGCUGACCAUAAAACCGAUAAUGAGACGGAAGUCAUUGUCCAAUCUGAGCCACCGGCCCACAAUGUUGAGGUGGAGGCUGAGGAAUCUAAUGAUGACCCAAGAGGUGAAGAUGUUCAUGGUAGUAUGACUACUGACCAUAAAACCGAGAGUGAGAUGGUAGCCGUUGACAUACCUGAGCAAUCGACUUACAAUGGUGACGUGGAGGCUGCUAAUGAUGACAAGGCCGAGGAUAAACCAGAUUUGGCUGCAGAUAAAAAAGAACAUCUGGAGUCUGACAUUGGAGUUACAGAUGUUCAAAGUUCUACACAUCAGGAGAAGGAACAAGCUGAGCCUUUCAAUGAGAUUCCUUCGGGAGAUUCAUCUGGGAGUCCAAUUAAUGAUUUGGAGCAGGUCCAGCAGGAUCCUACGAUAGCUCCAUGUGCUGAAGCCGUAAUAAAGGAUUUGCCUGUCUCCAAUGAAAGCUGUGAUGUUGUACCUGCUGCUGUUUAUGAACAGGAUGGCAUUUCAGAAGGUGUUGUCCAUGAAAAUCCAGCUGAAGAAAAUGGCCCUUCAGCUCUUGAUGAUGAGAAACCAUUGAGCCUCUCUGAAGAGGUUCCUGUGGAAGGUUCCCUAGGGGACAAUGGAGUGGAUUUAGAGCGCAGUUUGGAAACACCUUCAUGUUCUGAAGUUGAUCAAACGACAGAAGUAGAACUCAACGAAGGUCCUUUAUCUGAAAAUAAUGGAGAGGACUUGGCCGCUGGUCUUGAGCAGGAGAGCAUUUCAGAAACCGUUAUUAUUACUGACUCGGUUGAUGCCAGUCAAAAUACACCUGAACAAACUGAGUCUGUUGAAAAUGCUGAAAGCUUGACAUCUUCUUAUGAUGGUUCCAAUGCGCUUGUAAGUGGUGAAAACGUUCCUGAUGCCUCUGUUAAUAAAAUAACAGAGAAUUCUGACGUUGAAAAUGAAGCUUCUUUGCCUGCUGGAGAUCUUUCAAGUUGUGAUGUUGAAGAAGUGAGAUCAGAGGCUGAUAAUGGAAAGUCAAAUCAGGAAAGCAUUGAGAUUAUUCCAAACUCCCUUGAUAAUGAUGUGAGUUUCCAACCCGAGAUCGUCAGCACUUCCAAUGUCGAAGAGAAAGUCUCUACUACUGAUGCCAUAGUUGUAGAAUCUGAAAAUUCAGACAGGACCCCUGAAUGUGCUGGCAGCCAGUCUAUUUCUUGGGCUGAAUCAGUCGAUCAUGACAGUAGUUUGCCAGUGCUUGUUGCUGCUGAUGUAAAGCCAGAGUAUGAAGCUGAGAAUGCAUCUGCAAUAAGCGAGAGAGAUAUGCCCGGUGAUGAUGUUACUGCUUCCGAAGGUAAGGAUACUGAAAGUGGAGUAGAUAGUAAUCAUAUUUUGGAGAAUGUAGACAACGAUGUGAAUUCCACAUGUCAAGAAGUUGCAAGUAUUGACAGAAAUCAGAAGGAUGAAGCCUCUACAUCAUUACCCGAAGAUUCUUCAGAAGGACAAAAUGUUGAAGUUGAGGUGGUUAAAAGACCAUUCUAUUUCUUGAUAAGAAUUCCCAGAUUUGAUGAUGGAGACUUGAGAGAACAGAUUAAAGAUGCUCAGUCACAAGUCGAAGAAAGGACUAAAAGUAGGGAUGCAUUUCGUGCCCAUAUUCAGACAAAAAGGGCCGCUCUUAAGGAUUACUCUGAUAAAGUUCAAGCUCUCUUAACGGAGGAGAGAGCUGCACGAGACUUGUUUAAGUCCAAACGCCAGGAAAUGGAUUCUGCUCUCUCAGAGAUUAACAAAGUGAAGAAUGCAUUAUCUGUUGGGGAUAUUGAUGGCAGGAUACGCAGUAUGGAACACAUGAUAGAACACGAAACCCUGCCUUUGAAAGAAGAGAAACAGUACAUUCGAGAAAUUAAGCAAUUAAAGCAACAUCGUGAACAGCUCUCUUCCAGCAUGGGUACGAAGGAUGAAAUUCAACAGACUUUAGACCAGAAGGAUAAAAUUGAAGAUCGCUUGAAGGUUUUAAGGAAGGAGUUGGAUCAACUAAGAGACAAACUUAAUAAAGCUGAGGAAGCCACCCAAACUGCUAAGAAGAGUUUUAAGGAUGAAAAUGAAAAGUUGAACAGCAUUCUAUCCCAAUACAGAGCUGCAGAUGACGUUCGUCAAGAUGCUUAUGCACAUUUACAGAGUUUGAGGAAACAACAAUAUGAAAAGAACAAGAAUUUUUGGAGGUACAAGGAUGAUGCAAAGGCAGCUCAGAAUUUAUCGUUAAAUGGAGAUAAAGAGCAAUUGCAGUGUCUUUGCCUUGAUCAGGUCGAGAGAACCAUGGAACUCUGGAACAACAAUGAUGCCUUCAGGAGAGAAUACAUUAAAUGGAAUACCAGGAGUACACUCAGGCGGCUGAGAACAUCAGACGGUCGCGCACUUGGUCCUGAUGAGGAGCCACCAGUGAUACCUGAUAUUGUAAACAACAGAGUGUACAAGGAUAACUAUGUGAAAGUGGCUUCCAUUCCACAAGAAGUAAAACAAGAGUCUCUUGUAAAAGUUGAGAAACCAGAUCAUAAAUCAGUUGCAAAGGUUGUGGAGAGAGAGGAUCGAACUGCUAAAACCAAGGCUGCAAAGUCUACUAUUAGCCCUGCAAUCAUUUCUCGUGAGGAUGAAACAAAAGAGAAAGAGAAAGAGAAAGAGAAAGUAGAAGAGCCUCGACGAACCAAAGAGGAAGAGGAGCUGGCUAGAAAGGAAGAGGAGCUGGCCAGAAAGGCAGAGGAAUUGAGAAAAGAAGAAGCAGCGGCUAAGUUGAAGCAACUGCGUAAGUUGGAAGAGAAAGCCAAAGCUAAGGAAGCAAUGGACAGGAAAAAGAAAAUGGCUGAGAAAGCCCGAAUCAGGGCAGAAAUUAGAGCACAGAAGGAAGCUGAAGAAAAAGAAAAGGAAAGAGAGAGGAGAGCUAAGAAGAAGGAAAGAAAGAAGGCAAACGAAACAGAUGUUACAAACGAGGAUGAAGUGGACUCCGCUCCAACUUCAAGCUCGGAAGUUGCUGCUGCUAGUACUAUUGAGUCUGAAACCAAGGAGAGAUCUACAACAGCAGCUGUGAAGAGGCCUCAGAAGGGGUCUCAAUUCUUAAAGCCGAGCAGGGCUAAGUCUAUGCCUCUACCUCUUCGAAACAGAGGCAGGAGAAGAAUGCAGCCAUGGAUGUGGGGAGCUCUUGCACUCGUUGUCGUUGUUUUGGCCCUGUUUUUGGCGGGCAUCGGCGGCUUCUCCUAUAAAUCAUGCCUGCGAUGGUUCGGUUUGUGAAUGAGUGAGUGAAUACACACACAAACUGGCUUAUUUAGUAGGCGAGAAUAACACAGUUCGGUGGGACAUUCCCAAACAUAUAUAAUAUAUUUUUAUACUAAUAUUUAUCUUUCAGUAUAUAGGUGAUUCUUUGGUCAUGUUUAGGGGUUUGUUUUCCUCUAGUUUGCAUUUGGGUUACGAUGAUCAAUUUUUUAUUUUCUUUUCAUUUCAUUGAAACACACCGGGGUUGAUUGGUUUGCUUAUAAGUUUCACUUAUUAUUAUUAUUAUUAUUAAAUUUAUAGUGAGAAGAAUUUUAGCGGUAUUGCUUCUAAUUAGUAUUGAUAAUAAAAGGGAUUGUUUUUGGUA